GAUGACGUCGUCGCCUGUUCCUUGUUGAAUGUUUGGCAAUUGUCGUACGAGUCGACCAGGAAGCGAAAUGAGCUAAUAGCUAAAUGCUGUAUGUUGCCGUUGCGAUGAAAGCGCAGCAUAUCAGACCACUCGUGUUUUUUUGACAAUACGACGCGAUUCUACUUAAAUUUCGACGGCUAUCUUCUCACUACGUUUCCCCUGGUGUGUUGUUGCGAGACCGAUAGCGGCCGCUCCGUCCAUCGUUUUGGCUCGGUAGCAUAGCUUUUCAUUUUGGGGAAACAUGGCUGUGGCGCACCGAGUUGGCGUCGUGGCCGCAUUAGUUCUCGUCUUUCUUCUGGAUGGUAGUAAGGCAAGGAUACACAAACUCAUCCUGAAGAAUGAAACUCGCUUCUUCGUCCACCUCAAUACUUUUGGCUUUUAUGCUAACGGGUCUCUGGAUGUGAACCUCCACUCUCUCCGCAUCCCCCAGCAGCUUGUCAACUAUAGUGCACACCCAGUUGGGUUUAGCCUCUCCAGGGCCCGCGUGAGCGGAGUCUUAUCUUACACAGCCGAAGAGACUGAGACGUGCCCUCUCACACUCACUAAAGUAACCAACAAUGAACCGCUCAUUCUCUUUCUUAUUGACAUCAACAAUCUCAGCGUCAACGUGCGUGUCCUCGGUGAUCAAGACAACAUAUUGACGGGCAAACCGAAGGCCAAUGUGCAGACCAAAGAGAAAGGUCAGAGGUCCAGCCGGGAGUCUCCUGCUGAGACUCCAGCUAAGCCGGCGGAGCAGGCCCAAGGCGACGAUAAGUCGCCUGACAAAACGACAAAGUCGUCUGACAAAACGGCCGAUGAGGCCAAGGUGGAAACAAACACAGAGGCCGUGGAUCAGACGAAGGAAGCUAAGACUGCAGAAAAGAUGGCAACUGAAUUCCAGUUGGCGUCCACCAAACAGCUGACGCUAGCUUUGGAGAAAGUGAAUGACACCUACGCGUUCAACUUUCAUCUGCUUUUGGGCCUCCUGGCCGAAGGCCUGUACAACUUGAACUUCUACUACUGCCAGAACAUGGUGCCUGGCAUCAACCGGCCAUACUCCUUCACCCUGGAGAUGACAGAGAAGAAUCCUGGUGGCUUCCUGUCGGCGGCCGAAAUCCCGCUCUCCCGCCUCUACAUCGGUAUGGCCGGAGUCUUCUUCGUCGCCGCAAUGGUGUGGGUGUACACGUUGAUGAAGCACAGGUACAGCGUCUUUAAGAUCCACUGGCUUAUGGCGGCACUGGCCUUCACCAAGUCCACCUCGCUGGUUUUCCACAGCAUCAACUAUCACUUCAUCAACACCGAGGGUCAUCCCAUCGAAGGCUGGGCCGUCAUGUAUUACAUCACUCACCUGCUCAAGGGGGCGCUGCUGUUCAUCACGCUGGCACUGAUCGGCACUGGCUGGGCUUUUGUCAAGUACAUCCUGUCUGAUAAGGAGAAGAAGAUCUUUAUGAUCGUCAUCCCCUUGCAGUGCCUGGCCAACGUGGCCUACAUUAUCAUCGAGUCCACAGAAGAAGGCUCCAGCGAGUACCCCCUGUGGAAGGAGAUCCUCUUCUUGGUCGACCUCAUUUGCUGCGGCGCCAUUCUGUUCCCGGUCGUCUGGUCCAUCCGUCACCUCCAAGAGGCUUCGAGCACGGAUGGAAAAGCUGCCAUGAAUUUAGAGAAGCUCAAGCUCUUCCGUCACUACUACGUCAUGAUUGUGUGUUACAUCUACUUCACACGGAUCAUCGCCAUUCUGUUGAAGGUCACCAUGCCCUUCCAGUGGCAGUGGUGCUACGAGUUUCUUGUGGAAGUAUCCACUCUGAUCUUCUUUGUGUUGACGGGCUACAAAUUCCGGCCUGCCUCCAACAAUCCUUAUCUCCAGCUGCCCCAGGAUGAAGAAGAUGAGGAGAUGGAUGAAAUCGUAACAGAGUCGGGUGCUCUGGAGGGCAUCUCCAAAGUGAAAAAGACAUCUAACGGACGUGAGCGGCAGAAGGAGGCCACCUUGUGAGCAGGGCGUGCGGGGCCUUCGUUUUUGGGGAGGAGCGUCAUGUGCACAGAGUGGCACGCACACACAUGGACCAAGGCUUCUUCACCAACCACUGCCACAGGCUCCCCUUUUUUCAGAUGCUCCUUCCCACUGCCUGCCUAUGCAAACAGACUUUAUUGUCUCCUACGACAGACACAAACGGAUGGACGGACUAACGAGAGGCCUGACCUCGCUGUCUCCAAAGAACAUUUUAGGUCUUCGUGUGUGUGUGUGCGUGCGCGCGUAUUUCUAUUUAACACGGCACGGCUGCAUCAAGCCUUUCUCUAUAGUGCGUGUGCAGGUCCUUAGAACACAAGAAUCCCACCUUCUUCCCCGCCACACACAUGCUCAGGUUCCUUUCUCCUUGGCCAAUCGCAACAUUCAAGGCUCGCUGUUUGGUCAAAGCCACCAUGUUAAUUUUCGGCCAUGUUUUACGGAAUAUUUCAGUAUUAGGUUCUCAAGGUAAACUCAAUUUAUUGAUCACAAACUCAACCGCCUUUUUGUUUCUUCCUCCUCUAUUCCCGCUCUGAAACAUGACCAUCUCUUUCCUUUUGUCGGCUUUUGGUUUUUGUUUUAGUCUACGAUGGGUAUAACCCUAUUUUAUUGACGAAUUAUUGGUAUGGAUUGUUGGUAUUAAAGUGUAGUGAGUGUAAAUAAUGUGAGACACAGAGCCCUCGCAACCCCUCCAGCAGAAAGACUUGCGAUUGCUUUCAGUUACUUGGAAAUAGUGUGAGGGCAAGCCAGUUCUACUGACAUGCUCCAGUGCAUGCGUGCCUGCUGUGUUUGAGGACUCUCUUGGUGAAAUAUGAAUAAACUUAAUUGAAGUUUGCUUUUUCUUUUUUUAAAAAUGUCUGUGACCUGUCUAUAAUAAAGCUGGUGUUCUGGG